AUGGAGGUUACCUAACCUAGGUACCACCUUUUGCUCAUUAUCGGUGAUCUCAGCUUGCGUCAGUACAACUAUUUCAGGCGUCUAUCUCCAGGUAUCUAUCUGUAUCAAAUUCAUAAACAAAAUAUUCCAAUAUUCCCAUUUUCCCAUAUUCACGACUUCUUGUCCUCCCAAAUUUCAGUCUCUCGUUUAAACUAACCGAUAUGACGAAUGUUUUUAAAACAAAUAGACCUUACCACCGCCCUCAGGCCUUCCUAUCUUCCGGACGAAGUGCUUCUCUUUGUCCAGGACAACGUGGGGCUCUAUGAGGGGAAAUACAAACUACCGAACCAACAGAAUGGUCAGGUUUAUCUGACCUCGCAUCGAAUAUGCUACGUGGACAAGCAAGAGCCAAGGAAAUACUCCGUUGCUCUAGACUUGAAAGAUGUAGAGAGAUAUGAGUUCUAUGCGGGAUUUCUAAAGUCCUCUCCGAAAGUGACACUUUUCCCUAAGCCGGCGAAACGAGGUUCUCUCCAGUCAAGAGCAGCCGCCGCCACAUCGAACGUCUCUCGUAGUAGUGGUGCAUCGCCUUUACCAACAGCCGACUCUGUAUUCCGCUCUACCUCCGCUAGUACACCACAGCCAAGUUCAGCAACCUGGAUAUGCACGAUAUGCAGCUUUCCAAAUCCGGUUCCGUCCAAUUUUGACCCAACAACGGCGAAUGCUCAUACUCCGUUACCAUCAUGUCUAGCUUGUGGUAUCAAACCAGCAUUAACACAUAUGCUUAAAGCCGCUAUAUCAAGUGUCACUAGUAGGCAAGUGACCUCUUCAGGUUCUAUCCCACAGUCAUCCUUUACAUUGCCUUCUCGACCGCAAAGUCUAGCCAACGAUCAAUCCCGGGGUUUAGAAGCAGGUCUUUCGUCACGGGACAGUGCAGUUCGUUCGGCGAACUCGGACGGCUUUGAAUGCCCGCGCUGCACUUUUUUAAACCAUCCCUCUCUCUUAAGUUGUGAGAUAUGUGGCGCGCCCCUCAUAUCCCACGAUGUUCCUUUGGCGGUGGCGCACGGCCAACCCAGAACAGAUUCGCCAGGACCUACACUCAAUUUAUCCAGUGCUACCGGAUUAGAGAACCCCGAGAGUGUUAAGUUGUCCUUUCGAAAUGGUGGAGAGAAGAUAUUCUAUGAACGGCUUAAGAGCUCCAUGACCCAGCGUAAAUGGCUCUUGCAAGAAGCGCCCCCUAUUCCGAACGCGGGUUUUACAGAUAACCGCGCGGACUCCUCGUCGAUAUCAAGGCCCGGUGCUAGCCGGAACAAGACCGCUGGUAUCGCCGGGCUAGAGAAGAUGGGACUUGAUAGACGGAAGAACAAUGAACUAGUUAUCGGGAGUGCAUUUGAGGAUCUUGAAGCCUUGAUGGCCUCUGCCAAGGAAAUUGUUGCGCUCGCAGAGUCAUUUGCCCGACAGGUCAACGGCGGCACCGAAAAUGCGACGUCCGAAGCAAACGCAUUACUUGCCGAGUCGGCUAGUCAGCUGGGCCUUAUAACCACCAAAGACAUUGUUGGUGGUGGAAGUAGCUCGGGAUCGGAGUCGCUGUAUCUAUCCGAAUUAUCUCGGAAUCUUGCAGAAUUCUUAGCGGAUGACGCUAGGGGUGUGCUUAGGAAGGCUGGCGGCAUUAUUAGUCUGGUCGACUUAUGGGCCAUGUUCAAUCGCGCACGGGGAGGCGUCGAGCUUGUAAGUCCUAACGACUUUGAAAAGGCGGCCCGUUUGUGGGGCAAGCUGAGACUACCGGUCCGGCUGCGUACGUUCAAGAGCGGUGUAAUGGUGGUCCAAAGUCGUGACCGGACGGACGACACUACAAUCAAGGCGUUAUUGGCGUGGCUACGAGACUUACACGAUAUACCCCCAGACAGAGAUGUCCCUUGGGAUUGGCAAGAGUUCGGUCGUGGUGUUACGGCGCAGGACGCUGCUGAGCGAUUUGGAUGGAGUAUUGGCGUGGCCGAAGAGGAGCUUGAGAUGGCCGAGGAGAGAGGUGUUCUUUGUCGAGAGGAAGGUAUCGAAGGGCUCAAGUUCUGGGAGAACUACAUCGAUACCGGGGAAUACCGCAAUAAGCCACGAAAGAAGAUGCCAGACGCGGAAGAUAAAAUCAUGGAGGCGCUGAGUGCGGCUGGUCUUAUAUAAUAUCUAGUACAGAUGAAAUUUACAAGUGGAAUACGUCUCACGUUAGCCUACUUCUAUCAAAUACCCC